AGACGGCUAGCUGCUGAAGCGACGCUUAGGUAAUCGCUCAGUCUCCGUGGGACAAACUAAACAGGACGAUCGCGUAAGGGAUGCCUCUGAUCAGCUUGGACGACGAUGAUCAGAGAUGGGUCCCGACACAUGUCAACGCAAUUGUCCUUCGAGCGAGGGGUCUGCGAACGAAGAGCAAGCAAGGAAGCCGAUAUGUCUACACGAUUGUACAGGUGGGGAAGGAGAAGUACACCACGGGGUUGGUGGAGAAGGCCUCCGAGCCAGAAUGGAACGAAGAAUGUUCUUUCGAACUGCUGCCCGGGCUGCUGGAGGCAGGGCCGGGCGCGUGUCCCCCGGGAAAUAGUAACUUGGUCUUCACCGUGAUGCAUCGGGUGUUGAUCGGACUAGACGUAUUCCUCGGUCAAGCCGUUGUCCCACUGGACAAAGUCUUUCAGGAUCGAAUGUGUCCUAGGAGUGAGUGGCUAAAGCUGCAUUCUAAAGCUGGGCGUAAAGAGAAGGAGCGCGGUGAGCUGCAGUUCACCAUCCGGUUCACCCGCAACAACAUGACUGCCAGCAUGUACGACCUGAGCGUCCAGGAAAAGCCUCGCUCGGCAUUCGGCAGGCUCAAGGAGCGCGUCACGGGCAAGAAACGAGUCGCGGACGUCGAGUCCUCCUCGGCCAUCCUGCCCGGGCGCUACGCUGCUCUCUCCAGCUCGGCCAGCCAGACCUUCGCAGAGGAUGGGCAGGGGGAGAUGCCAGGAGAAGAAGAGAGCGGAGAUGAACGCAAGAGCAAGAUGAAGGAUUUCUUCCUGAAGGGGAAGCCGAAGAAGAGCUCGGACACGCAUUCCUGCUCGUCACUCGCCUCGGAGAGCAGCGCGACGUCGUCAGCUGGGGAUCCGUUUGUUCCCAUAGAGCUGAGCAGCACGCCCAUCUACAGCAGCAGGGUGAUGGAGCCCUUCCGCACCAACUCAGAAGGGGGAGGAAAAGUUCCUGAAGUGAUGACCCACAAGCGUGCGUACAGUGAUGAAGCCAGUAAGAUUGCGACAGCCUCACGAUCCUGCCCUGCUGUGGAGAAUCUGAAAGGCCAGGGCAUGCCGCUCUCAAAGUCCACCCUCUGCAUCAACGGCAGUCACAUCUAUACCUCAGAGCCCGUCUCCCCUAAAAGUGGCCUACCGGUGAAGCGCACACUGCUGGAGAAGUGUUCUCCCCUCUCUCGCUCCCUGCAGAACCUCACCCGCCGCGGCGACGACUCGCAGAAGGCCGACAGGAGGUGCGGGUCCAUCGACGGGAGCAGAAAAGAGGCUGAGAGAGAGGCAGAAGGCCCUGCAGCUCUUGGAGCUGUGGGCCUUGAGGGGAAGCCGAUGCAGGCGACCGCCCCGAUGGCGGCUGCAUCUGGUGGUAUGGAAGGUAAGAAGUUGAAGAGGACUCUGUUCUCCAGCGGGAGGAGUGACUCCCUCCCAGCUAAGCACGAGCAGGGCCAGGCAUCCGGCCCACAGGAAGGACGCUUGCGAGGCUGGUUCGGUUCCAGUGACACCCAGGUGAAGUCAAGGCUGGGAGUCUCUUCUAAAGUAGACAGAAGCCCAGACACAUCCUCCUCCCUUCCUCCCUGUUUACCCAACCUGCCACCAAGCUCUCUCCCUGUUGAUUCUGCUACUGGCCAUGUGUCACCCUCUAGUCUCAGCAGUCACAUUCAUUCAUUCACCCACCCUUCACCUCCAUCCCCCUCCAUCUCCCUCUCCAACCCUUUCCUCACAAGACUGCAGAGGAACCCAUUUUUUGAGGAGCUCAUAGCUGAGGAGGCUUUGAAAUCUCCUCCUGCAUGUUAUACCAGCUCACCCUUCAGCCCAACUCAUUUGGCAUUCCCUCCCAGGCCUGGCUUACCGAGCCCUGCACGUGGUGACAUGCAAAACCAAAUGGCCUCCAUAAAGAGAGAGAGGCCUCAGAGUGUAGCUAGGCAAAGGUCCCUCCCUGCCUUAAUGGCAGUAACACCAGAGAUUGUGAACUCCAAUAACAUUAAUGCAUGCCGAUCUUCAUUUGGGAACGUUGGGGAAUGGGAUGACUUUGAGGCCUUUGCCACUAGCCGUCUCAAGUCACCGACGGGAACUCCCACUCAGCAGCCCCCACCCCUGCUUGUGCCCUCAGGACCCAAUCCUCACCCAGUGGUGAACCAUAUACUCAAACCAAAAAAUGGGAUCGGGAUUGAAGAAGUCAGUGAGGGAACCCCCAGAUACUUGGGCAUGCCUCCUUUACCCCCAAGGAAGCACACAAGGACCGAGGUGCCAGUCCGAGAGAGGUCCUCAGACAGCUGGCUCAACCGGGCACAGGAGCUGGCUAUCCAGAAAGAAGCAUGUCUACUAUACCAGACAGACUUAGCCUCACUUCAGCAACUUAGAGAGACAGGAAGCCAAGUCUCCCCUGUAGAUAAAGACUCUUCACACUGUGCUGAUCAGGAGCUGAAUAUUAAUGUGCAUGCCCUGUCACAUACUGCUCAAAGGCCCAGAGAUGAAAAUCUGAAUAUUUUAGAAGGAAGAGUAGAGAGGGUUUUGGCUAAUGGGGGCUUCGGUCCUAGUUUGGCAGGGAGUAAUGGUGGUAAACCUGUGGAAAAUGGCCCCACCUUUGGCUUUGAUCAGAAUAUUGCACCUCAGAAUGAGUAUGAAGGUAUACAGGAAAACACUGAAAGUGAUCACACUGUGCCAAACAUGCCAAUGUGCCAAUCAGAUGACACAACUGUGAGUGAGUCAUUAUGCAGUUUCUUUGUGAUGCAGUCAAAGCCAGAAUCCCCUUGUGAACUGAACUCAACACCAAAGCUGACUUGUAGUCCACAAAAUGAGAACAUAACAAAUAGUGGGGACAUCAUUGCACUAUCUGCUCGAGAUUCCAAUAACAACACAAAUGAUCCUUCACAGUUUGCUUUCAUUGAUUCUGACAGCUCACGUUCGGACCUGAAGCAAAGCAGUUUUGGAAUGAUGGGUAAAAACAGUAAAAAAGCGUCUACACAAUGCCACAAUGCUUCUGCCUUGGAGUCCUUGGGAAAUGUUUUGCUACUAUGCAGGUCUUUCCAGGGGAAUCCUGAAGAUCUGCAAAACAAAAUGAAUACAGAGCCAGUGAGGUGUUCCCCAAAUAAGCCUCCAGACCAGAGUCCAGUUUGUAAAGACAUAUCGCAACAGGUCCCUAUUACAGCUGUAACUCCCACCAAUGACCAUUUGAAAUCCUUCUUCUUUGAGGAACCUUGUGACAGCUUAAAAGGACCUGGCUCCAGCAGGACCAAACCCAAGGAGAGCAUAAGUGAUUUAAAAGAUAUUUCUUCAGUGUUUGCCUGCCAACGACCUCCUUCAGACUGUAAUGUGACGAAUGUGUCAGGGCAUUACAAAGAGAGCUCUGUGACUUCACAAACAGCUUCUCGCAUAAGCAGAGAUGACGGCAGCACAACAGCACAGCUCAAACCUGAGGCGACUGAGGACAAGCCAGGCUUCGAUGCUGUGUGUGCGGGUGGAGGCUGUCUGACUGAGCUGAAGACUAAAGUUGGUGAACUUGAGGCAGAAGAAAAGACUGACAAGGGCCCUCUUUUGGAGAACUGUGAAAUGGGCAUGAGUUUCAAAGACUUGCAUGCCCGAGUAGCGCCACAAAGCCCAAGAAGCCCUUUCAACCCUGAAGUACGAUCGGCACGCAUAAGAACACGGUCCACUAGCAACUCCCCCAAAGCAGACCCUGGUACAGUUUCAUCUGCACCAGUCUCUGACAUAGACUCAAGCAGACCUCAUUCUCUCUUGGACCUCCCUUGGCACGGCUCUGUUUCUCCAUCCUCUUGUCUACCAGCUGGCAUGGCUUCCCACCAAUUCCCUGACCCUGCUCCAGCUCCCGCUCCAGACCCCAUCCCAACCUCCCUCAUAUGCCCCCAGACCGCAACACCCGGUACGGGAAGCACUCUGCCCGGGGUGCCCUUCACAGCCUCCGCAGCCCAGCCGCAGGUUACUGCACGGCAUACUCUUUGCCCAGAGGAGGCACAGCCAACUAGCGGCCUCCCUCCCCUUGAGGAGAGCAGCCCUCACCCAGUGAAGCCCCUGAUCACAGUAGUGCAAGGUGAAAAGAGAUCCGAGGGCCGUUCAGUGCUGGAGAAACUCCGCUCCUCCAUCCAUCCAGGACGCUCCGCACAGCAGGCCGCAGCUGAGCCAGAGAAAACCCAGGUGUGGAUGUCGGAGGCAAGGGCCCACUACCAGACACUAACCAACAUGGAGCUGAUAGCGCUGCUCCUACAGCAGGAGCUGGAGGCGGAACAUCAGCGCGCCGAGUCCGAGCUGCAGGCCACAUUGCUGGAGAGGCGUGAGGCCGAGCUGAGGAAGCUGAAGGUGCAGGUGCGCGACCUGGAGGACUACAUCGACAAGCUGCUCGUGCGCAUCAUGGAGCAGACACCAACCCUGCUGCAGGUGCGUGCCCGGCCCAAGUGACAAUACCUGCUCACGGCCACUAGGUGUCGCCACACUACUGCCCUGAUUACCAAGACACAGCUAAGCUCUGCAUGCACCCUGCAACAUUUUUUCCCACCUAAAGCAUAUUGCAAUGAGAAACUAUCACAUGCUUAUGUUGCCUCUAUAGAGUGCAUUGCUGUAAAAGUCUUUUUGGUUUAAAUACACUGAUAACUGAAUCUCUGCGGGGUAUUUACAUGACAUACUGUCACCUACAGAUCAUUUAGAAUUAAAGGCCAUCCAAGCUCUUUUCCACAGUGUUACUUAUAAACAUGUUUAAAAAUAAUACUCUUGUUUAAUGCAAAUCAAAUACUGCCUGUGGGGAAAUGCACUUUAUUCCUGUUACAGAUCUGUUUUUUCUAAUACAUAAUAAAGGGGUUAAUUGUUCAAAAACAAAGGGAAAAUCAAUUCAUAUAAUGAUGAGAAAAAUAAAUACCUAGUUAUCUUUAUGACUUUCCUUCAACAUCAGCAAAGCCUCUCACGGAGUUUUGAAUAGUUUGUGUUCUUGGGAACCAUAGCCCAGAUUUUUAUCUGACCUAACCAUUUUAUGUCCAAUCUCUGCAAUUAUAAGAUGUGAUAAGAAUGCAAUGACAAUUUGGGAAAUGCCUCAUGUCUGAUCUUUGUGCAGGAAUGCUUUCAUAAAAAGUAGCUCUGCUUUUCUUUUUUUCUUUUUUUUCCUUGUUUGAAAAGGUUAUGCAAAAGAUCUAAGGAAAAAGAUCUUGUUUCUCAUGGUUUAUUUUUCUGGUGAAUAAUUCAGUAAUGUGCUUCCAAGUGUUUAAAUGAAUGACAACUACUCAGGUUGGUCAGUAGAGUGCAGUAAUAUAAAGUUCCCUAAAUGGGCAGGAAUUCUAUUAUGGCCAUACUAAAGAUUUUGUCUUAUAUGAGACUUGUUAAAAUUCUCCUUUCCACUAUGUAUGUAAAUAUUUUGUUUCAUCUGAGACUACUUUCAAAGACACCCACACAGUGUAUUAUGCAAAGUGUUGAUACUUAAGAUAGACAGCUUGCCCUUAAUAAUCCAGUAAAAUGAAAGAAAAUGUAUCAUAUACUACUGAGCACUUGCACAGAAGGAGAGGCUCUCUUUGUAUACACCUACGUCUUAGCUAUGCAAUACUAGCUUCGCUGCAUCUGAAGUCACUAGUCCUCCCACAACCUUUUUCAUUACAUUGCUUUCGCAGCUGAUCACUGCAAAAUUAAUCAAACAUGCAAACUAAAAUAACUAAGCUACAAAUUUUUUUUUUUUUUUUUUUUUUUAUGUUAACAGUAGCCUUUAUUGUGGUUGUACAAGAAUGCAAUAAGGGUGUUUGUUCAAAAGACUUCCUGAUGUUCGCUGACAUUCAUUGAAUAUUACUUUGAUACAGUAUCUCACAGAUAUUCAUUUUAUUUUUUUAUUAUGUAGUACAACUCAUUUUGUUUGUUAGGUUGCCAUACUUUUUCUAAGGAAUUUAUCAAAAGAUUCCCUCUGCAGAUGCAAUGAAUAUAUUAAUAUUAAUAAAUAUUAAAAUGCUUGAACUUCAGGACCAAGGGAAUUUGACAUUAGAGUUCACGCAACCGAAGGUUUACCAAAUGCUCAGUUGUUUUUUUGGCUGUAAGAUUUGCAGAGUACGUGGUUUUAUUUCAUUUAUCAGCAAAAUAUUUUAAAGUAUUUUUUUUUAAAUUAUUCCCUUGUGAACCUUUUUGAAGUGAUCUUCUCUAUCAAAAGUCCACUGUGACAGUACAUUGUUAAUUUGACACUUCUACAAAUAAUACUUUGUGUUGCAUAGUUUAUCAUUUUAAUAUACGAGGCAUCCAUUUGUUUUUAUCGUUUUAUUUAUUUUAAGCAGUUUAAUUUCCAGUUAUUUGACAAUAAAGUUGUAAAAACGUG